AUGACUACUGUUAAAUUGCAGGAACUCUCUCCAACCAAAAAUGAUGGAUUUAACAAGUUUAUCACCGAUGACUCUUCAACUGCUGGUUCUACUGAUAAAAUAAAUCAAGCAAGUGAAGAACAAGAACAAGAAGAUGUUAAUAGUCCCACUACUAAUAUAACUGAUAUCGACAUGGAAACUUCAAAUCUUAGCAAUGUUGAAAAAACUGGGAAUGUCAAUCCACCAGAGACUACUGAAACAGUACAGGAAAAUUUAGAUAAAGAAAAAAAGACGAUUAAUCCUUCUAACAAUUCAAUAGUAAAAACUACUGAUAAAAAUGAAGAAGAUGGGGGCGAUGAAGAUAGUGAAUUAAGUAAUGUGGGACAAUCUCCAGAUAAGGAUAUUUUUACGAUAGAUAAUUUUGACGCCACUACCAAUUCUAUUCAUAAUGAUGUUCAUGCUAGUGACAAUGAUAACAAUGAUGUCACCUCACCUUUAUCCUUUAUAGGUACAUCCACUACAGAGAGCACUCACACCGUUGGAACUGCAGAUAAUUUUCCAUUAUUACCCAUUGCAGAAACAGCCAAUAAAGAUAAUGCUAAAAUUACUUUACCGGUUCCAAUCACUAGUACGAGAACCAAUAACUCACUUAAUGCUAGUUCUGCCGACACUACUGAUUCUAAUACAUUUUUUGUUAAAAAACAACAAAACAACACUAAUACCGAUGUUACUGGAAAAAUUCAAGUUACCGAUAAAAAACCAAGUGGUAAUGUUGAAACAACAACUGGGAAUCUGUCUGCAAAUAUUGACAGCAACCAAAAUGAAAACAUUACCACUGGAAUACUAGAGACUUGUGACACGAAUAUAAGAACCAACAAUGAUAACAAACAUACCACUUCAGCCAUUACCUUUGUUAGUGGUAAUCAUUCCAAGGAAUCACGUGAUUCAAUUUCACAGUUUUACUUGGAUGGAUCUGAUGCAGAUACUGAAAAGGAAGACGAGCUGAUACAUUACAGAGAUGUUCCAUUGUUAAGAGAUUUAGCAAAAGAUAGCAGUACGGGACAAGAGAAAGAGAAGAAAGAAGAUAAGGAAGAAGAAAAGGAAGAAGAAAAGAAAGAAGAGAAGGAAGAAGAAAGGCAAGAAGAGAAGGAAGAAGAAAGGCAAGAAGAGAAGGAAGAAGAAAGGCAAGAAGAGAAGGAAGAAGAGAAGGAAGAAGAAAGGCAAGAAGAGAAGGAAGAAGAAAGGCAAGAAGAGAAGGAAGAAGAAAGGCAAGAAGAGAAGGAAGAAGAAAGGCAAGAAGAAAGGCAAGAAGAAAAAGAGCAAAAAAAUAAAGAUAAUAGUAUUAAUGCAAACAAAAGUAAUAGUGAUAAAAAAGAAGUGCAUUUUGAGGACAAUAAUCUCAAGAAUGAUAAUAAAAUAAUAACUGAAAAACAAAAAGAUUCAAAUAAAAAACGUAAUUUCCAAGAAUUGAAUGAAGAUUCUGGUAUUUCCAAAAUCACGAAUGAUAAAAAAUUUCCCCAAGAGAAUGUUAAUGAAAAUAGAUCUACAACCAUUAUAAACCAUCGAUUACAAACCAAUAUAGCUGAAGAAUCUGAAUUGAAAAACAAACAAAAGCAAGCAGCUGAUAGUCCCACAAAAAAGCAAAAAAUAAUAUCAAACGGUGGAGAAGAGUUAUCACACAAUCAAGAAGAAAAAGAAGAAGAAAAAAAUAUGACUAAUGCUGAUGAUGCUGAAGAGGAAGAACAAAAAGAAAAUUAUGGAAAAGGAGGGGAUGAAGAAGAAACUGAAGAACUGAGACAGGAACAAGAACUGUUAAGAAAAGAACGAUUGGAAUUAAAAAGACAAAAUGCAUACAAAGAUAUAAUAGAAAUUGAAAAUUCUUUUGCUACGCUACGCCAAAAGCUGUAUGAAAACAAAUUAGCCAAAUUGCAGAUGGAGUUGCAAAUGUGCCUUGAUGGAUCACAUCCAAGUUUACAACAAUAUCUAUCACAAAUACAUGAAAUUCGUGACAAAAAGCUUCAACAAAUAUACCUGAAACAGCAGUAUAAAUUAGAUUGUAUAGAUAGGGAAACUAGGGCUUCUAGAUAUGCUAUUCAUCAGAAUUUCUAUAAACAAGCUAACGAUGGCAAAGAAUCCAUGUUGAAUAACACUACAACUGAAUGGUAUGAAAUUAAUAGCGAAAGGAGAGAAAUGGACGUACAAAUACCUGAUUUGAAAUACCAUGUGCCAAUAAAAAUUGCCAAUAAAUCUUUAAGCAUGAUUACAGGUUAUGCUACACAGCCUGCCAUACCUCAACUGAAUUACAAUGAUAACGAUAGCAGAAAUAGUAAUGCAAAUAUUUCUGAGGAUAUGGCCGCCGAGGGUAUCAAUUGGAGAUUUAAGAAUAAUCCAGUCGAUAAAUUAGAAGUUAUUGUAGAUAGAAUGAGAUUUAAUAAUGCCAUGAGUGAUAUUAAGGGGUUAAGGCAAUAUUAUGGUGGAUUCCCAGGUGCACCAGAAUUAAAUCCGCUAAGAGAAACGGAAAUACUCGAUGAUUUUGAAAUAUUAAAGAAAUCUGCUGCAAAACGCUCAUCCAGAUGA